AUGGAUUCAAACGAUGCAAAUGACCUAGGCGCAAACUGCGACAAUGUAGGUUGGUUUCACCCGAAAAGUGGAGGAGACACACGGCACGUGGGGUAUACAGUAGGGGAUAAAGUUAUAUGUAAACUGAUGGCAACAGCAUUAUGGUUUCUGACGGACUGGACGCAUGUACAGACCACAGAAGAUACCAGUAAUCUCAAUAAUGUGAAGUUCAAGGAGUACGUAAAGUGUGCAAUAGUUACCAUGUUUGCAAGUAUAUUAGAGCAGUCGGCAUGCGGAGGAACGUGGGCAAUAUAUAACGCAUGGACGGUAAUGAACAAAAUGUGGGCGGAUGGUAUUCCGGGGUUAAGUAUAGAAGGGGAAUGUAAAGAAUUAUUAGGUAUAGACCUCAGGACAGGGCAGUGGUCAAUGAAGGAUAAAAUCAAAGAUUGGUUGCGACAGGAUAAGGGGUUGAAGCAGAAAAUAUCAGGAGCAGCACUGGCGAACAAGUGCCGAAAAGUUGUAGGGCAGGGCGAUAAAGCAGGGGAAAAGGGUACAACGGCACAACUGGGUGAAGUGCCAGGCCAGGAGGAGGCAGAAGUAAUGAAGACGUUGCAGGAACGCACGACAAAAAUUGUGAAACUCGUCAGAAAGAAAUUCCGUGGAAGAAUAAGUGGUGCAACGGGGAAUAGCCUUGACCAGACGGCUGAGGAUUCAGAAGAGGAUGACGAGGAUGAUGAGGAUGACGAUGAAGAGGAUGCAGAAGACGACGCGGAUGGUAAGAACAGUACGAAUACGACUCCCGAGGACAAGGAACCGAACAAAGAGGAUGUAACACCACAACCACCACAGCUACCAUCAGCACCACAAUCACCACCUGUUCCUCAGUCACCGUCAGCAUCAGGACCAGCUGAGACCAGUGAACCAGGUAAGAGAGGAAAGUGUGAAGAGUUCGGGAACGACUACGAUAAAAUUAGCGCAUGCCUAGAGGACCAGGAGCAACCUACGGGUCCUAACACUGUCACUAAGUUGGAGGACGAGUAUGACUCCGGGAAGUGGGGUCUCUACGGUAGUACGGGUUCAACAACAAUAUCCAUAGGCACUUCCACAACUACACAGAAUGUACCAACAGGUACGAAUAAUGAAUAG